UAAAAAAGACGAAAUAGAAGAAAAUUAUGAUGUAAAACGUGGUAUAAAAUCAGAAUGUAAAGUUGUUUUGAAAAAAUUGAAGAUCGAAGUAAAGACUGAAGAUUAUAAAGAAGUUGUCCGUCUUCCAGAUGAUAAUGAACAGCCUGUCAACAAUAAAUUCUUCACUGCAGAAAAAAACUUUAACAGGAAUGAAAUAAACAUCCAAAUGCCAACAAGAAAUGAUGUGUUCCUUUUAAAAGAAAACAUAGUUGAGGAGGAAAAGCAAAUUCAGGAAUACGAUAUUCAGCAAAAUUCACAAGAAGAAAAACAUUUUAAAUAUAAUAUUAAAAGAAAGAAAUACGUUCUUUACAGUGAAAAUUGCAAUAAAAUUCAUCAGAAAAUUAAAAGGAAAUACUUCAAGGUUAUGAUUGCAUCUCAUUCUAAACAAGAAUUUACGUGUGAUUUAUGUAAACAGACUUUUACAAAUAAGAGAAUAUUAGAAACACAUCUCUUCUGUCAUAUUGGAAAAAAACCAUUUCGCUGCACAACCUGCCAUAAGAAGUUUUCGUGGCGAUUUCUUUUGCAAAGACACAUGAAAAAACAUAAAACUAUAAAUCAAAACAAAAUCUCUUAUCGGAAUUUACAUAUGCGGCCAUCUGAAGAUCGAGUGAAGCCAUCUUCAACAAAGGGUAGAAAAGCUAAUAUUAAGCAGAAAAAUGAUAUUUGUAAUAAGCGCGUUCGAUAUGGUAAGGGCCAAUUAGAAAUACACAAGAGAACACACAGAACUCAUGCCUGCAAAAUAUGUGGUAAAGAAUUUAAGUGGAAAGCUGUGUUGUUGCAGCAUCAAGCAUCGCAUAGUGAAGACCGUCCUUUCAAAUGUGUUAUUUGCAAUAAGAGUUUUAAAUGGAAAGAGCAUUUAAAAAGGCAUCACGUAACUCAUAGUGAUGAACGUAACUAUGUUUGUCAGGUAUGUGACAAACGUUUUAAAACUAAAGGUACUUUGAUAGCUCAUAAAAUAGUUCAUAAUGAUAAAUUUAACUAUACUUGUCAUAUAUGUAACAAAAGUUUUAAACGAAGUGGUGAUUUAAAAGUACAUAUUUAUAUACACAGCGACGAAUACAAAUAUUCUUGUGACAUAUGUAACAAACAUUUUAAAACAAAACAGUAUUUGCCAAAGCAUAAACUUAUUCAUUGUAAAAAAUCUAAUAUCAAGGGGGAAAAUGAGUGUUGCGACAUUUGUGGUAAGCGCGUUCUAUAUGGUAAUGGCCGAUUAGAAAUACACAAGAGAACACACAAAACUCAUGCCUGCAAAAUAUGUGGUAAAGAAUUUAAGUGGAAAGCUGUGUUGUUGAAGCAUGAAGCAACACAUAGUGAAGACCGUCCUUUCAAAUGCGAUAUUUGCAAUAAGAGUUAUAAACGAAAAGAGCAUUUAAAAAGCCAUCACGUAACUCAUACUGAUGAACGUAACUAUGUUUGUCAGGUAUGUAACAAACGAUUUAAAACCAAAGGUACUUUGAUAGCUCAUAAAAUAGUUCAUAAUAAUCAAUUUAACCAUACUUCUAAAAUAUGUAAUAAAAAUUUUAAACGAAGUGAAGAUUGAAAACGGCAUAUUAAUAUACACAGCGAUGAAUACAAAUAUUCUUGUCACAUAUGUAACAAACGUUUUAAAACAAAGCAGUAUUUGGAUAUUUAUAAAAUUGUUCAUAACAAUCAACUUGAUUAUACUUGUCACGUAUGUAAUAAAAGUUUUAAACGCAGUUCUAGUUUAAAACAACAUAUUUUCAUGUACAGCAAUGAAUGCAAAUAUUCUUGUCAUAUGUGUAACAGAUAUUUUAAGACAAAACAUUUAUUGGAACAGCAUAACAUUAUUCAUAGCGAUACAAAAAAGUAUGUUUGCGACAUAUGUAAAAAAGAUUACACCAAUACAACUGCCUUAACCAGACAUUGUCUCACUAAACAUGAGAAUAUGUAUAUAUGCCAUAUUUGUAAGAAGCUAUGCAAGAGAGAAUCCCUGCUAAAAGAACAUUCGAAAAUUCACAUUGAAUAGUGAAAUGUUUGUAAUCAAGAAUUUAAAAGUAAACGCAACUUAAUCAAUCACCAGAAAAUUCAUUAAGUCGAAAAACCGUUUCGUUGUGAAAAAUUUAUUUGACGUUUUACCAAAAAACACGUAUUAAAAUAUUUUACGAAGCCACUCGCAACGAAGACAAUCUUCGUUAAGUUUGUGAAGUGUGUAACAAGAAAUUUUAUUAAUAUUUUAAAAGUCGUUCCAUAAACUUGUUCGUCAGAAUUAAGCGUAUUUUUGCAGAAAUUGUGAAAGCAGAUUUAAAAAAAAAA